AGGAAUAAAAAAAAUUUUUAAAAAGUGCUUAACUGAAUAUAUAAUUUAAUUAAAAAUUUUAAAUAUAAAAUGCUUAUCGGUUCACAUCCCUAUCUGUGUAACGGUGCAGGUGUUAUAACGUCACUUCCCGUAGCCAAUGGUAGCAGUCAAAAUGUUUUGCCUGCCACCACUACCGCAGUAACAACACCAACAGCAAAUAACAAAAAUGCCGCCGGCUCCGCCACUGAUUUCUCUAUAGCCGCAAUUAUGGCACGGGAAGAUGCUUCUAGCCGCGAAUCUUCAUUACGUAGCGCAAGCCCCAUUUCCAUUGAGGAUGAAGUUGAUGUCGAUGUAGUUGAUUGCAGCGACUCAGAAGAGCCUCCAAGCAAGACGAGACGUACAAAUGUCACCAGCAAUUGCUUGACAAGUACGACUCCUACUCAACUAAAUAAUACUCGGAAAAGCAGUAAUAGUAGUGCCGGUCGCACAACACCGCCACGAUCACCCAGCAGCGAUACGGAAGGUGAACGCUUAUCACCGGAACCCGCUCCGAAAGCACCGAAAAUUGUAGGCUCCUGCAAUUGUGAUGACCUGAAACCCGUACAAUGCCAUUUAGAGACAAAAGAGUUAUGGGAUCGUUUUCAUGAGCUAGGAACAGAAAUGAUUAUCACCAAGACUGGAAGACGCAUGUUCCCCACAGUGCGUGUUAGUUUUUCAGGGCCGCUACGACAAAUACAACCUGCCGAUCGUUAUGCUGUGCUACUCGAUAUCAUACCAAUGGAUUCGAAACGUUAUCGUUAUGCUUAUCAUAGAUCAGCUUGGCUUGUGGCCGGCAAAGCUGAUCCGGCGCCGCCUGCCCGUCUCUAUGCCCAUCCGGAUAGCCCGUUCAGCUGUGAAGCUUUGCGCAAACAAGUCAUUUCAUUCGAAAAAGUGAAGUUGACUAAUAAUGAAAUGGAUAAAAACGGACAGAUUGUUUUAAACUCAAUGCAUCGCUAUCAACCUCGCAUACACUUGGUAAGACUUAGUCAUGGUCAGAGUAUACCCGCCAAUCCGAGAGAAUUGCAAGAAUUGGAUCACAAAACGUAUGUGUUUUCCGAAACAGUAUUUACCGCAGUGACCGCCUAUCAAAAUCAGCUGAUAACUAAACUGAAAAUCGAUUCAAAUCCAUUUGCCAAAGGUUUCCGCGAUUCGUCACGUUUAACCGAUUUCGAUCGUGAUCCUAUGGAAGCUUUAUUGCUGGAGCAACAGUUGCGUUCGCCAUUGCGUCUGUUUCCCGAUCCAUUAAUGCAACAAUUUGCCGCUCAACAGGCAAGCGAUCCUACCUCGAUGGCACUAUUUGAAAAGGCGCGACAGCACUUGCAAAUGUUUGGCGGAAAUUCACCGUACGCUCAACUUAUGAUACCACAAAUGUAUGCCCAGCAGCCACCACCACCUACCGGUCUCGGCGCCUUUCAUAUGGCAUUUCAACAGCAAUGGCCUCAGCUAACAGCCGGCUUCUUGGCAAGUGCUAAUCAGCAAGCGGCUGCUGCUCAAGCAGCUGCGUUAGCUCAGGCCCAAGCGGCCCAAGCCAAUCGUACACCACCACCACCUCCUACCGUCUCAACGCCAUCGUCCACUUCUUCCGGUUCACCCUCACCUGAUAUGAGAUCACGCCAAUAUCAACGUUUUAGUCCGUAUCAAGUUACUACACAGCAACAACAACAACAACAAGCACAACCAACAUCACACAGCGCGCAACAGCAACAGCAACAGCAACAGCAACGACAACAACAAAUAUCUCCUGCGCCCAGAAGUCCAAGCAAUAAUUGAAAAAAUGUUACUUAAAAGUCUAAGGAAUCCUCACAUUUAAACCCCAACAACCUUACUCAUGUCUCGGGGCCACACCUUGCCAAAACCAGUAUUAGAAAAAUUAUAAGUAUUUUACACAACAGCAACAAAAAAUAAAAUAAAAAAACAAAAUAAAAUAACAAACUAAAUUAACUUAAAUUACAAAGCUAUACGUUAGAGAUUUCAUUGUGUUAAGUGUUUUUGUAAAAAUUGUCUAUGAAGCGAAAAAAAUGUUAUUGGUUUUAAAAUCGCAUGCGAUUUCUUUAACAUCGUAGAGCAUAUCUGCAGUGUUUAGAGUUUUUUUAUGUUUUACUUUUAGUUGCUAUAAAACUUUUAUUGUUUUUUCUUUUCUUGUUUUUGAAUUUUUUUUUUGUUUUCGAAAUUUGGUUAAUAAUAGCUUUCGUCUAUUGUACAAAUUAUGUGUUAUUAGGUUUGUGAUACUCACCAGCAAUACGGAAUGGCUCGUGGAUACCGUACAGUACACGUAUGUGUUUGUAUACGAGAUCAACAACAGUGAAUGACUGUACGUGCAUGGGAGAGCAAGUUAAACUUUGUAAUUGGGUAGGAGGGUAGGUUCGUCGGUCCGUCCGUUCGCUACGUAUGUGCAAUACUUUGAAGAUUUCAAGGAUUAUAAGUUAAAAGAAAGGGAGAUGAUUCCAAUAACCUCUCUUCUCGCACUAUUCACUUGUUUAUCUGUCAAUUUUACCAUCUUUCUGUAAAUGGAAAUUCCGUCCCAUCAAUUUCAUCAUAAGCUCGGAGGAUUGCAUGCUCUUAUGUAUGUGUGGCAACGCAACAGCCUAAGACUCCGCAUUAGUUGUCUUGGUCUGCUUAUCCGUAAACUGAGUGCUCAUCCCUCCUUCCGUCCGUCCAUCUAUCUCUUUAUCUGGAAUUGUACGAAAUCAAUUAAAACAUAACCUCACAAUUGUGAUAAUUUCGAAAGCUUUUAACUUCUCGUUUACUAAUCUUAGUUUAAAAAUCGUUUUAAAAAUGAAGCAAAUCUUACGACUGUGACUGAAGAAGAAAGAGUUGACACUGUCAAAAAUUUGCAUAAUGUGGUGGGUUUCACUUGAUUCGCUUCAACGCGAAGUUAAAAUCUUAAUUGUUUUCUUUUUAAAUUGAAAUUGUUAAAUAAAAAAAAAAAAAAUUUAUUAUAUAAAAAAGUUUGUACAU